UCCUUCGCUCUCCUUCGCCAAGCCGCCGGCGAGGCGCGCCGCCGCCCGCCAGUUCCGCGAACGCUCGGCGCCGAGCUCGCGCGGCCGAGACUCCCGUGGCCCUCCCGGCGGGCCGCGCGAAAGCGCGCGUUCGCCCGCUCGAGGCCCUGGCACGGCCGAAGGGAGGCGGCGUGCCGGCGACAGGAACAGGGCUGCGAAGGCAGACGUGCAACGAGGAGGGAAACGGACAGCGACAAGCUUCGAGGAAAGGGAGAACGCGGAAUGGACGGAUGAAGAGGAGAGAGCCAAGAAAGUGAUACAGCGCGUCUACAGUGGAAGUGGCCAUUAUCUACGUACUUGGAUCAAUUCAGCACUGAACGCGAGAAAAUGUGAUUGUCGGGGCCCUAGCAGCGCAAGUGAAACGCACAGCCGCGCGGCGCAUCGCAGAGCAAGCACAUCGCGGCGGGCCGCCGCGGAGCACUGCGCAGCCGCGCGCCUGCCGAGCCCGCGCCCGCCGCGCGGGCGCGCGCUGGCCCGCAGCGGGGGG